CCUCGAAUAGACGUAAAAUGGUCGAGCUGGUCAGCUUGGUCGGACUGUUCAGCAACCUGCGGUGAAGCGGUCCAGAAACGCCAACGAUACUGCGAAAAUGCUAAACCGUAUCCCGAUAAAGGUUGUGAAGGAAAUCUAUAUGAGACGAGAAGCUGUUCUUUGGCUGAGUGUACAGGUAAGGAUAAAUGGAGACAGUCGAGGAGUGCAGUUUCCUACAAAGUCAGAGGUUUCGCUGAGGAGGAAGAGGAGCCAUCUGGGACAGGUCUCGUGGUGAACCACUGA